CGCCUCACCCCGUCCUUCACGACAGACUCUCUCUCUCUCUCCAAAAUUUAUCACAAACACAGAAACCGCAACGAAAUUUCUCGCUCAACGAAAUUUCUCGCUAAAAGCCCCUAGAAUACGAAAGAAUCAACUCUCUCUCUCUCUCUCUCUCUCCCUCCCCCACAUAUAUAUAUAUAUAUAUAUAUAUAUAUAUAGAUAUAUGCGUGUAUGGAUACAUAUCAUACGUAAGUUCGAGAAGUCUUCCCAGUGGUUUCGUUGAUAAGGAGAAUUUGACGUUGUCUCUGGAGUCCAUGCUUCGUCCGUCGAGGGUUUUGUGAUCGAAGGCCGGAGAUACGGAAGACUAGGGUUUGCGGUUGAUUUGAAGGAAUUGCGAUGUUGAUGGCAGCAGACGAUAGAUCGGACCUGUGGCAGCAGAGCAUCGACAUCGACGACGGCGACGACGGCCUCUCCAUCGACAUCGAGUCGCUGUGGGAGAUUCUCGGCGAGAGCCCUCCUGACCCCGGCCCUUUGCAGGAUAAUCCGGGGGAUUUAUCAGGAGGAAAAGUGCAGCAAGGUCAGUCACCGUCUGAUUCAGGCAACAAUGAACACUCCAUCCUUGGAUUGGAUAAAAGAUUACCCGAGUUGGAAUUGAGAUCUUCAUUUGGGGAUGGGUUACCAGGAUCUCUCACUUUCUCCCCUUCACACAACUUUGAAGCUCCAGAUUCUAGGAUGGGGACUCCUGACGAUUCUUUUGAGUCCGCUGGGAACUCUGUCACAUUUGACCAUGAAAAGCAGGGACUGCCAGCUCAGUCUGGUUCUCCAGCUAGCUGCUCCGGAAGUCUAGCAGAUUGGAUGCUGCCAGCUUCAUGUCGUCAUUCUUCAAUUGCAGGAAGUAAUGGAGUUAUUCAAAGUGUUUUGUCGUACGGAAGAGAUUACUGUGAAGAAACUCAAAAUGAGAUUCCAAAUUGUAGUGCUGCAUUUAGUUUCACUGCCGGAGUUGCUAAUGAUGCUUCAGAUUUUCGAGAGGUGUUGGAUUCCAAUCAACUGAAGAGUGAGACUGAAUUUCAACUUGGGCAUUCGGAAGGGGAUACUUAUUCCCAACAUGGAUCUCUCCACGCAUUCAUGGGAAAACCAGAAACAUUGGAAACUUCCAUGAUGGGUAUUGAUGCACUCUUGCCUUGGGCUUUGCAUGAUGGUUUCAACCUUCCAUAUAUACCCAGCAGUGAUGAAAUGACUACCUAUAUAGAGGAUGAAUUAGAGGAGCUUCCAAAUCAGACUUCUCUUGUACAAGGUGCCACUGUGUAUGAGGCUGAGGAGGUAAAAGCAGUUGGAUCUGUCUUCGCAGAACUGAUGACCAAUGAGCCUGAUGUUAGUGGCCUUAAUGUCAAAUGCAAAAGUUACAAUCUGCUGUCACCAACCAGGGGAGACUCUUUUGGUAACACUCAUGAUAUAACAAAGUCUACGAAGGCAUUUUUACCGACCUUUACUCCUACUUUGCCAAACAUGUCUACCAUAAACCCAAUGGUUUGCGUGGAAGAUGAAAAAAAUGAUGAAUCUGUGCUAGCUCUGAGAAGGGGAUUUGAUGUUAAGUUGUUGCCGCCUAAUCUGCCUUCUAAUUCAAGUAAGAAUCUUUUGUUUCGUGCAAAGGAUGAAAAAGAAGAUCUAUUCAUUGCAUCUAAGAGAGUUCGGCAUCAUCUUGAUAGCAAUUAUUGUCUGGAUGCAAAGAGCUUAGAGAAACCUCAUGUGCAGCCAUACACUUCAAUGAAGAAGAUGGGUUAUGAUGACGUAGAGUGUGAACUGAUUCAACCUAAGAGCAUGGAGACUCAUAUUUCUAAUUUCAGCUGCCAAACAAUUCAGAGUAAUGCCAAGGGUAACAGCUACUGUGUCGAUGAUGAUGAAGAUAUCUGUAUUAUUGAAGACAUCAGUGCUCCUUCACGCUCAAAUCUAUGGUCUAUGAAUUGGAAGGCCCUUGUUACUCCACAACACUGUACAACUGAAAUACAAAAUAGAAACCACUUGUCAGGUGAGAAGCAGGAGGAAUUCUGCAGGCAAGCACAGGCUGUACUUGCCCGAAAGGAGCAGCAUGAAAAGGCGAAAGUUGUUGACCCCCUAAACCCCAUGGGGAUGGGAGGUGUGAAGCCUAGAGCAAAUGAGGAACAGCUUAUUGUUCAAGUUGUGUUGCAGGAUCUUUCUCAGCCGAAAACAGAAGCUAGUCCGCCGGAUGGGCUUUUGGCAGUACCUCUUCUAAGACACCAGCGAAUUGCUUUAUCUUGGAUGGUCCAGAAGGAAACAGCCAGCUUACCAUGCUCUGGAGGGAUUCUUGCAGAUGAUCAGGGACUGGGGAAGACUAUCUCAACGAUAGCACUUAUACUCAAGGAAAGGGCUCCAUCUUCUAGAGCUGGUCCAGACCAUUUGAAACACAGUGAAAUGGAAACCCUCAAUUUGGAUGAAGAUGAUGACUAUGUGUCUGGGGUUGAUGGACCAAAGCAGGAUGUAGAAUCGUUCCAAGUUUUGGGUAAUGGACUUUCACAGAAAAAGAGGGACACUUUUGUGCAAACAAAGGGCAGGCCAGCUGCCGGGACCCUUGUUGUAUGUCCUACAAGUGUCCUACGUCAAUGGGCUGAGGAGCUCCUUAAUAAGGUGACUAAAAAAGCUAAUCUAUCUGUUUUAGUAUAUCACGGCGGCAAUCGAACAAAAGAUCCUUGUGAGCUGGCCAAGUAUGACGUGGUCCUCACAACAUACUCAAUCGUGAGUAUGGAGGUCCCGAAGCAGCCUCUUGUUGAUAAAGAUGAUACCGAGAUCGGAAGGCAAGAAGCUCAUGUUGUUUCAUCUAGUAGGAAGAGGAAAUAUCCUCCUACUUCUGGUAAAAGAUCUGCAAAGGACAAGGAGGGAAUGAACAACGGAAUAUUUGAAUCAAGUGCUAGACCUCUUGCUAGGGUUGGCUGGUUUAGGGUUGUACUGGAUGAGGCACAGAGCAUAAAAAAUCACAAAACUCAAGUGGCUCGGGCUUGUUGGGGGCUCCGUGCUAAACGAAGGUGGUGCUUAUCAGGGACGCCUAUCCAGAAUGCAGUUGAUGAUCUGUAUAGCUACUUCAGAUUUCUUAGACACGAUCUAUAUGGUGUUUAUAAAUCUUUCUGCUCCAUGAUAAAAGUCCCCAUUAGUAAGAAUCCAGUUAAUGGCUACAAGAAGCUACAAGCUGUCUUAAGGACAAUAAUGCUGCGUCGCACAAAAGGCACGCUUCUUGAUGGAGAGCCCAUCAUCAACUUACCGCCGAAAUCAAUAGAAUUGAAAAAGGUGGAAUUCACGGAUGAGGAGCGGGAUUUCUACUGCAGAUUAGAGGCUGAUUCCCGGGCUCAGUUUGCUGAAUAUGUUGCUGAGGGAACUGUCAAACAAAAUUAUGUUAAUAUUUUGUUGAUGCUCCUGCGCCUCCGACAAGCUUGUGAUCAUCCACUACUUAUUCGGGGAUAUAAUUCUAGUUCUGCGUGGAGAUCUACUGUUGAGAAAGCAAAGAAACUUCCUCGGGAGAAGCAAGUUUGUCUUUUGAAUUGUUUGGAAGCUUCUUUGGCAAUUUGCGGCAUAUGUAAUGAUCCACCCGAGGAUGCUGUUGUUACAAGCUGUGGGCAUGUCUUUUGCAAUCAAUGUGUCUCUGAACAUCUGACAGGUGAUGACAACCAGUGCCCGACCACAAAUUGCAAAGCUCAACUCAGUGUUUCUUCAUUGUUUUCUAGAGAGACAUUGAAAUGCUCUCUCUCUGAGCAACCUGCUCAGGAUAGUAUCCUCGAUUGUUCUGGUUCUGAGGUAUCUGACAAGCUUGAGCCUGGUUCCUGGAGCCACUCUUUUGAUUCCUCCAAAAUCAAGGCUGCUCUUGAGGUCUUGCAGUCACUUUCCAAACCAAGAGAUUGUACACCCCGACCUUGGUCAUUGGAAUCUAUUGAAGAUGGCGCCACUCAUCUUGAAAACUCAUCAGAUCCUCUCUUCAGUGGUUCGGACUUCGUUAAAGGUUCAAAUGAUUUGAUUAGAGUUGCGGGAGAGAAAGCUAUUGUCUUUUCCCAGUGGACAAGGAUGCUGGAUUUGCUUGAAACUGGUCUUAUAAAGUCUUCCAUCAAGUAUAGGAGACUUGACGGGACAAUGUCUAUUACUGCCAGAGAUAAAGCUGUGAAAGAUUUUAACACCCUACCUGAGGUGUCUGUUAUGAUCAUGUCUUUGAAAGCUGCUAGUCUUGGACUCAACAUGGUUGCAGCUUGUCAUGUUCUUCUUCUGGACCUCUGGUGGAACCCUACAACUGAAGAUCAAGCAAUAGAUAGAGCCCACCGGAUAGGACAGACCCGCCCCGUUACAGUUUUGAGGUUGACAGUGAAGGAUACAGUUGAAGAUCGCAUUUUGGCUCUUCAGCAAAAGAAGAGAGAGAUGGUUGCAUCUGCAUUCGGCGAGGAUGAGUCGGGCAAUCGCCAGACUCGUCUUACAGCGGAGGACCUGAAUUUCCUCUUCAUGAGUUAACUAGGCCAUUCUUUUCACAGUUUAACUGCCUCUGCCCCCCCCCUUUUCUUUUUUUUUUCCCAUUGAUUCUUCAUGAGAAACACCACCUUCACAGUUGAAGCUGACAACAGAUCCUUAGAAGUAACUAGAAAAGAAAUUCUCAUUUACAAAGAGAUCAUCGGAAUUGUUAUUGGAUGAAUUCAUAUUGACCUCAGAUUGACAAUGUAUAGGGUUUGGUUUGAAUAGGUUGAUAGGGAAUAUAGGUUCCUAAUGGCAAAUUUUUUACGCCGGACUGUAAAUUGUAGAGUUCCUUUUUUCCAAUUGUCCCAAUACAGAUUGCUGCAAAGUUUUAGUUAGGUUGGUAAACAAGAUCAUUAUUUCCUGUAGUGUUGGCGUUUAAUAGUUGAGCUUGUUUGUUCCAACUUCCAGUUAUGCUGAUAUUAGUAUAUAAACAUUGUUGAGAGCUUGGUUGGAUUGA